AUGGGGAGACCACUCUUCGUGCAGCAGCUUCCGCCUGGCCGNCCCCCCUUUCAGCAUGAAGAAGCGAUGAUACCUCUAACCAUACCUCGACAAACAGAUAUGAGUAUGCCUAUGCUGGGAGAAGAGGAUGCCCUUUUCACCGCGCUUUUCAUUCUGGAUCCCCACAUGAUUGGUGAAUACCUGGACAAAGUCAUCAAGCACUCAAAUGUCUAUAACCUCUGGGUUGCAGGGACAAGUCAAGAGGGUCUGACAGACGAAGACGAAGAUGCAACAAUUCCUCCAAUGCAUCCGACUUGGAAAUCGACAUUCGUCGGCAAACCAGUCGAGGACGCCUUCGCACAUCUUGCCACACUUCCAUUGGAUCUGUCUGUCAACAGGGUAUACCUAGUCGUGUUGGAUGACAUUUUGUACCGGGAGAAAGGAUGGAUCAUCAUCUAUAAUAUUGACGAGAAGGGAGUUAUCACUUGUGUACCCUGCACAGCGCACAUGACUCUUACAUAUAUAAACUCCUACAUGUGGCAUAAUUGGCAUAGAUACCUAGAGGAAUGGCGUAAGCAGGGAAGACCGGUGUUCUAG